AUGAGUCCCUCGAAUCUGCAUUCGAUGGCCGGCGCGGAUCUCGUCGAACCGGCACACGGCCGUCGUGGCGAUAGGAAAAGCCGUCGCGGUCCUCUGGAUCAGGAAGACUUGAUCGCUGGCCUCUGGCGGGAGGCCCCAUUCGCCCGCCUUCCCCAUGACGCUCCCCAAGGCCUCCGAGACCUCGUCCAAGACGUUGACAAUCCCCACCGCGUCUACACCAUCCAUCGAGCGAGUCGGCGGCACGGAUUUCAGCUGCUGGUUGCAAGAUACGUCCUUCAGCUUCGCGAAGGCUGCGGCAACAAGCAAUGUUCGACCUCGACCUGCUUCACUUUACGAAAGCGACUAGUCGGCAAGUCGCCCAUCCGACGAUACAGCCCCAACAGCGCGAGGACGUUGGCGGUGUACCUGGCGAGCCAGGAUAACCCCGACAGAGGCCUCUGCCCAUACCUCCGCCGCUCCAACGACCCUCCCGUCGCGGUGAAUACUCUCGUCUUCUCCGCCCUAUUUCCUUUGCCUGCAUCCACGACCGACCAGUUUCCAAAGACCCAACACUCUCCUAAAAAGGACUUACACCCCGAUUCCUCAUCCUCGAUGAGUGAGCAGGCCGCGAUGCCGAGCGUACAAGGCGACGCCAAUCGGGAAGAGUCCCCUGCUACUGCGGAACCGGCGCCGAAGCUGAGCAUCCACGAACGUGCCACGUGUAAGGACCAUCGUUCAUUUGCGGCAGCUGCAUUCGGCACCGUGGCCUUCAAGAUGCUCGAGUGGCUCACGCCGCAAGGAAUCGAGCACAUCUCCAAGGAGCUCGCCGAAAUCGGCCAGGUGGAACCGUCUCCCAACGCCGAGGGGCAUGAUACCACCACUGUUCGAGAAGCACACAGAUCCCCGGACAGCCGCCAAUCGCUGGACGGAAUACCCCGGCAAGACGGCAAGCCCAGGUCCACGAAGCAUAUCCGCGAGAAGGCCGUGCCAAUUUCGCAGCAGGAGGAACUUGCACCACCGACUAGGACCCCUGCCAAGCCCAAACAUGGUUCAAGAGGCUCGGUGCGAGCUCCGUCAACGUCCAACCGGAGGGCGUCGGUCGAGCCCCUUCCUACGCCUGCGCCAAGGGAGGAAAGCAAAUCGACGCCCAAGAGCCAACCCCUCAACAGCUUUCAUCCUCAUACGGCGAGGAUGGCACCCAACGCCAUGUCCCGACCGCUACCCGAAUUUCCCCUGAAGCCGGCCUUCUUCGAGAAUGUGCCCUGUCUCUCGCCCCAACCCGUCGACGACGUCGUCGUGGACCCGGGCUCGUCCGACAAGGAAGACUCGGACGACCUCACCGACACCGUCACGAGCCCUCUCGGCAGUCCGCUGAGGUCGCCGGCAAAAGUCGGUGUCGACGUCGACGACCUGGUCAUGGACGCUUCGGAACGGAGGAAUUGCCUCUUGCCUCAGUCCCUGCCCCGUCUCGACGUUGAAGUUGUCGAUUUCAUAUGCGACGUCUUCCAAGAAGAUUACACGUUUGAGAAGCGCUUCGUCGGCCCCCUUUCCCCCGCCGAGUCGUUUCCGGCUCCCCAGAAUAGGCAGCGCAAGCUUGCUCCGCGGCGGCGGCGGUCCGACAGCACAGUGCCCCGACGGCAGUGGAAGGCUUUCAACGAGCAGACGCUCUUCGACGUGCUGAGCAACCCUCGAUCGCUUGUCGGGUCGUUCACCAAGGAUGGGAAGCUGUACGAUUCGCUUACCAUGUGGUACUGCAUGCUCCGGAUGACCAGGGUGGCACCGAGCCUUGUGCUGCACAGCUUGUGGCUGGCGGCGAGGUGCCUCUUUGUGCCACCCGAGGCGCUCAAGAGCCUUCGUUCGCAGGCGUCGAAUCUCUUUUCCGGGGAUGCCGCUCCCUUGACCAACUUUGAGGCUUCCUGCGUCAUGUCGGUCUGCCUGCACGCCCUGGUUGCGUCGGCUCCUUACGUCACCGACACGAAGACCCUCUUCGACAUGUCGCGCAUUCGUUCCCACGGAGUCGUCGGUGGUCGUGGCACGGCGAUUAGGCAGCCUCCGUCCAUGUGUCUCGAAUACGAGGACGCAUUCUCCAACGAUCUCGCCUUGCGCCUUGCGCGCCGGCUGUUCUGUGCCAUCACGGCGCGCAGGUACUUUGUCGACGUCGCCGAGUGCGACUCGACGGUCGAUACCGAAUGCGGCGAUCUCGAUAUCCUACGUCCGAUGCUGCGCCAGCUCGAUUCGCUCGGCAGCGAUGCUGCUCACAUCCUCGAGUUUGCUCCACAAGACCGUCUGUUGCACGAGGCCCGGAUGCCGACCCUGCUUCUGGACUGGGCAAGGACGAUCCUGCUCCAGGACUGGGAUGGCGAACCCGAAUUUUCCAGCGAUGGCCCCUUCUACGGGGCAAUGUCCUUGAUGGAGACCAUGUAUGAGAAAAGGGACACCCUUCUCGUGCCAGAUGUCCAGUUUCGCGUAGACUACUUCUCCGACAGACUGGACACGUUGGAAAUGCCCGUCGCGUGGACAGGCUUCACGUCGACGAGGCAACGGCACCACCUGCUGGACUAUCCCUAUCUCUUCUCGCCCGAAACUGCCGUCACCUUCUUCCGUUCCAUCAACUUCUCGAAGAUGAGCAGGACGUUUGAGGAGUCGAGCUCCCUCAAGACGAGAAUGAAUGCCAUCGUCGAUCCGGGCAGCCUGGUGACAAACCCGCACCACAAGGUCGUGCUGCAGGAUCUGCUCAGAACGGCUUCCUCCAAGUACCUGGUGCUGGACAUUGGCCGACAGACCGUCAUCCGGGAUGCGUUCGACCAACUCUGGCGACGACAGGAACGAGAGCUGCUACGGCCCCUUAAGAUCCACCUGGGGGAAGAUGGCGGCGAGGAGGGUUUCGACUCGGGCGGAGUGCAACAAGAGUUCUUCAGGAUGGCCAUCGCCGAGUGCCUCGAUCCGACGUACGGAGCGUUCACCAUCGACGAGCGGACCCGGAUGGCAUGGUUCGUGCCGGAUUCUGUUGUCGAGGACUGGAAGUUUGAGAUGAUGGGCCUCCUCGUGUCGCUCGCCGUGUACAAUGGGUUGACGCUGCCGCUGACGUUCCCCAAUGCCCUGUACCGGAAGCUUCUGGGCCAGUCGGUGAAUGAGCUUUAUCAUGUCGCCGAUGGUUGGCCGGAGCUCGCCGCGGGGCUCACAACGCUGCUGGAGUGGGACGAGAACGAGGGCCUCAUCGAGGACGUCUUUGCCCGGACGUACGAGUUUUCCGUAUCGUCUUUUGGCACCCACAUCACCCGCGAGAUGGCCAAGGAGCAUGCGUCAUGGCCUCGCGGUCUAUUCGGCGAGCCCUCGGUCCGGUCGAUGGUGGACGAGGCACCGCUGGUGACAAACGACAACCGAAACGACUACGUCAGCGACUAUAUUCGUUACUUGACGGAUGUCUCGGUGAGGCCGCAGUACCUCGCCUUCGAGCGCGGUUUCCGGGCUUGCCUCGACGGUAAAUCCCUGUCGCUGCUGUCGCCGGCGACUCUGCAAUCUCUGGUGGAGGGUGUGCAGGAGAUCAACAUUUCGGAACUCCGUCGACACGCCCGCUAUGUCGGAUGGGACUCGUCGCACCGUACGAUCAAGGACUUUUGGUCGAUCGUUAAACGGUAUGACGACCGGCUGAAGCGCAAGCUUCUUGAGUUUGUCACGGCAUCCGAUCGCGUACCCGUCGGCGGCAUGCGGAACCUGCAGUUUGUGGUGCAGAGAAACGGAGAAGAGACCGGCAAGGGCGGUCACCUGCCGACGGCGUACACGUGCUACGGAACUCUUCUCCUGCCGGAGUACAAGGACAAGGAUCUGUUGCGAGAGCGACUCGGCAUGGCGCUUGAGAACGCCCAAGGUUUUGGCUUUGCGUAG